CAGCCGGAAAUGUUAUCUGAACAUUUUUUUUCUCUCUUGGAAAUUGUGACGAACAGAGCGAAACGUGUGCAAAUUUAAUUAAUAUUUCAUCAAAAAUGGCAAAUGAAAAUACUUGCAAAUCGUUCAACAUUGGCGAUCUGGUAUUUGCCAAAGUCAACGGUUACAUACCAUGGCCGGCAGUGAUUAGCAAUGAGGUGAACUCAAAAAAAGCAGUACACUGUGCUUUUUUAUGGCACGAGAGAGACUGGCUACAGACAAAUUCAAGACCUCUUGCCGUACGCCGAAAACAAGGAAAAGUACUCCACUAAAGAGUACAUGAAGCGAGCCGGCUUCCGCAAGGCAAUGAUUGAAAUUAAUAAAGUGGCUGAAGAGAAGGCCAAUGGCCCAAAACAUGUGGACGAAGAAACCGAACAGCAGCUAAAGACAACUGCAGCCGUUACUUCCUUCCAAGAGCCAUCUCGCCCAGCAAACAAUGAAGAAAAUAACAUGGUGUUGGUGUACUUGCCAUAUGGCAAGGUCUUUGGCAUCAACAUCAACCACAACAAGCCGGAGAGUUUUGAAAAUGCCGCUGCGGAGCAGUCAUGGAUAAAUGAGUCACGCAAAGAGGCCAAAGUACAGAAGGAGCAGAUGUUGUCUGGACAACUCGAUCCCAAAUCGCUUCCAGGACGCAUUAUCGUUGAGCCUUCGCCCAAUGAGACAGGCAGGAAGGAGGAACGGAAACUAAUGAAGGAUAUCCUCAAACUUGAGAAUGCUCUAACUAUAGAGCGGGAUUUCUUUGACCUAUGUGCGAAGAUCAGACAAUGCUUGCCGCUGCGGCAAGCCCAUGUGACUAAAUGUCUAAAGAACCUGGGUCGAUUAAAAAAAUUGGAGUUGACCAAGGUAAUGUUGCUGCGGCAUCCAGAGAGUGUGGAUACGCUGCGCAAGCUUCAAGGAUAUGUUGGCAAUUUGAAAAAAUGGAAGAUGCCCCGUUCCGACAAGAUUAAGUUUGAGGCACAGGCCAAAAUCAUUCGUCAAGAGGCCACGAUCAUAUACGCGCGCUUCCCAAAGCUGUUCGACUCAGCUGAGACUAAAGACUUUUGGCAAGAGUACUGCAAGGAGGUCAAAAUUUUCAAGGAAACCACUAAAAAGGUGAAUUCAAGUAUACGCGUCGCAUUGGACGAGCGCAUGUACAACAACCUCAUUAAAGCCGGACAAGAAAAUACUCCAGCGCCCGCUGAAACCCAAUAAAACCAACUAUACUGUUAAAGUACCCAGCAUUUGUAGUUCUGCACAAUUCAGCUACAGCUCAAGAAGACGACACCACCGUGGACAAUGUUUUACUGCAAAAUUUAUAGAGUUGUAUUUUGGAUUGUCUUCUUGAACUUAUUUACUUACGUUUGCUGGGCGAGAUGGCUCUUGGAAGGAAGUAACGGCUGCAGUUGUCUUUAGCUGCUGUUCGGUUUCUUCGUCCACAUGUUUUGGGCCAUUGGCCUUCUCUUCAGCCACUUCAUUAAUUUGAAUCAUAGCCUUACGGAAGCCGGCUCGCUUCAUGUACUCUUUAGUGGAGUACUUUUCCUUGUUUUCGGCGUACGGCAAGAGGUCUUGAAUUUGUCUGUAGCCAGUCUCUCUCGUGCCAUAAAAAAGCACAGUGUACUGCUUUUUUUGAGUUCACCUCAUUGCUAAUCACUGCCGGCCAUGGUAUGUAACCGUUGACUUUGGCAAAUACCAGAUCGCCAAUUUUGAACGAUUUGCAAGUAUUUUCAUUUGCCAUUUUUGAUGAAAUAUUAAUUAAAUUUGCACACGUUUCGCUCUGUUCGUCACAAUUUCCAAGAGAGGAAAGAAAGUGUUCAGAUAAUAUUUCCGGCUGUCAAGAAAUUAUUGUUUCAUUACCACUAUCGGAAUUCCCAAGUAUUUAUCUGUGAUGCGGAAAAUUAAAAGCUUCCAUUUAAAUUUAUGUAAUAACAAACAUUUAUGUAUAUAGCCGUGUUCCCUAAGGACCAAGUAUUUUGUUAAAAUAAUUGUUUUAAGAGCGAAAAUAAUGAAUAAAUAAAUAUAUGGUUUUUUCUGAUCCGA